ACAUUGAAAGUUGGAAAAUAUCACGGUAUCAUUGAAUAAAUGAAAAUCUAGACUACCGAAUAUUGUGGGAAGGCAAGAAACGACGCAAUUACUGGUAAAGUAUAGGAAUACCGUACUUGAACUGUCAGGUACCUUGUGGUGUAGGACCUUCUAUGGUAAGCUCUCUCUAAUGUUUCGUUCGGCACAAAGGUCAGAGAGUAGGACUAGUGGAUGGAAUCGAUCGAGCGUUUAAUGUUUUAUGGCGAUACGAUAGAAGUACCUAAGCUUUAUAAGGUCAAGGGAUGGUUCGCCAGCUAAGAUGAACAUUCGCUGAGGACGUCGCCCUUUGAAUCGACCCCUUUGUGUACACGCGUGUAGUGGUCGUCGCAUUAAUCCCCGGUGAGAAAUUAAAGGGGUUGCUUCGGUGCCUUGGGGACUAAGAUAUUUCACGUGUCUACGCCUUGUUCAAAUUUACAGUGUUAUUCAGUUCGAAGGCAAAGGUGGACCACCCUGUAUAUCCCUUGAACUUUCCACUCCCUAGUGAAAUUCCAAUUCUGACUAAGGGACUUCUGCUCUCAUGGAUCACCUUACUAAUUAUCUGUCAGGGAAUUACGAGAGAAGAAGCAAAUGCGAAAGAAGGGUCGGGUUUUCGAUACGUCAAAGCCUCAUUAGGUUACGCAGAAGUUUUGCAGAGAUUCAAGAGAGGCGAGAGAGAAAAUCUUCACUCUGAAUUUCCAGGAGAAUCGAGUCUUCCAGAACCAGCUAUGUUUCUUGAGAUGUUGAAUAACGUCAGUAUUGCGGAGUACCAUAGAAACGCAAUGGACCAGUGGAACUUUGAAAGUAACAUUACGGAGCAUACGAGAAAGGCUGCUUUAAAAUCAUCUAAAAGAUUGGCACAAUUUCAAAGAGCCGUAUGGCAUGCGGCUAUGCAAUACGAUUGGAAAAAUUUUAAUGAUUCUCAAAACUGGAAAAGACAAUUCCAAUUGUUAUCGGUAUUAGGCUCUGCUGCUCUCGACGAUAAGAAAUUUUCUCAGCUUGACGAAAUAGUUAAUCAUAUGGAAUCAGUGUAUAGCACAGCCACUAUAGUUCCGUAUACCAAGCACAAGAAUAAAGCACACAUUAUUAAAAAAGUAAAUAAUACCAAGAAGAGUGUGAAAUUAAAAAUAUCGGUGAAAAAGGAAAAUAAUAAUAAUAGUCAAAAUGUCCAAAAAUCCAGUCAGACCAGAUUUUCUAGCGAUAAUAAAAGUCAGAAAAAAUUGCGUUUAGAACCAGACUUGGUCAAAAUCAUGGCUCAAUCCGAGGAUCCCGAAGAACUGGGCCACGUUUGGAAAGCCUGGCACGAUGCUACUGGAAGGAAGAUAAAGAACAAGUACGUCACGUACGUCGAAUUGAUGAAGGAAAUUGCAACAUUAAACAAUUUCUCAUCUGCCGGAAAAUACUGGACUCAUGCGUACGAAGAUCCUGACUUCGAAAAGACUGUAGAGGAUCUUUGGAAAGAGGUGAAGCCAUUAUAUUUGCAACUUCAUGCUUACGUGAGACAUCGACUUCGUAAAAAAUACGGGUCAAAGGUCGUUCGGAGAGAAGGUUAUAUUCCUGGUCAUUUGUUGGGUGAUAUGUGGGCCCAAUCUUGGAUUCACGUUCAUAGGUUUGCUAUGCCUUAUCCUAAUGUUACGAAAUUGGACUUGACGAAAGCUAUAAUGGAAAAGAAUUUUACCGAAAUUGUGUUUUUCAAGAUCGCCGAAGAUUUCUUUCAUUCCAUAGGGUUUCCCAUGUUACCUUCAACGUUUUGGAACAACUCGAUACUCGCGAGGCCAAGAGAUAACAGGGAAUUGGUUUGUCACGGUUCGGCAUGGGAUAUGUAUGACGGACAAGAUUUUCGUAUAAAAAUGUGCACUCAAGUGACCUACGAUGAUUUGGUCAUCGUCCAUCACGAAAUGGGACAUGUUUAUUAUUACAUGCAGUAUAAAGAUCAACCAAUCAUAUUUCGCGAAGGGGGCAAUCCAGGAUUCCAUGAAGCAAUAGGCGAUACCAUUGCACUCUCAGUGUCAUCUCCUGUACACACAGCGCGUCUGGGACUUACAGAAUCCAGUAGUUAUAGUACAGAGGAAGAUAUAAAUUUUUUAUUUUUAAUGGCUCUGCAAAAAGUAGCUUUUUUACCAUUUGCUUACGUGGUUGAUAAAUGGCGAUGGAUCAUAUUCGGAGAUGAAACUAAUCCAAAAAAUUACAAUGGACUAUGGUGGAAAUUAAGAGAGGAAAUUCAAGGUAUCGAACCACCAAUCGAUCGUACCAAGGAGGACUUUGAUCCUGGUGCAAAGUAUCAUAUUGCUGCUAAUGUACCAUACAUAAGAUACCUGGUCAGUUUUAUUAUACAAUUUCAAUUUCUCGAAGCCGUCUGUUUGGCUUCUGGACAAUACGAUCCCGGCGACGUGCACAGGCCGCUACAUCGUUGCGAUAUUUAUGGCAGCCUUGAAGCAGGAAUUGGUUUAAAACAGAUGAUGCGGCUCGGGGCCAGUAAACCAUGGCCGGACGCCAUGGAAAUGUUAACGGGAUACAGAACUAUGCAGACUAAAGGACUUCUCGCGUAUUUCCAUCCUCUCUACCUCUGGUUAAGGGAUGAAAAUAAAAGAAAUCACGAACCGAUUGGAUUUUGACCCAAAUCGAAUAAACCUAUUUGUCCAAAU